UGACUCCAAAUUAGCAGAGCUCAAAUUAUUCUGCAAUUCUUAUUUCUUUUAUUCCCUUUUUUAUAUGAAAAGCCUAACAUUUUGACUUUCCAAAGAAGAGAGUCCAGUAACACCCUCAAUGGAUGCAAUUUUCGCUUACAUCAUUGUCAUUUUUCUUACCUUAUUUUCAUUCAUGUUCUUACCAAAACUAAACAGAAGAAAACCUCAGAACCAAACAACCGCAAAGCUCCCUCCAGGUUCAAUGGGUUGGCCGUACAUAGGAGAAACCCUCCAACUCUACUCCCAAGACCCAAAUGUCUACUUUUCCACCAAACACAAAAGGUUUGGUGAGAUAUUUAAGACCAACAUCCUGGGUUGUCCCUGUGUGAUGCUGAUCAGCCCUGAGGCUGCACGCUUUGUGCUAGUGACUCAAGCUCACUUGUUCAAACCAACAUACCCGAAAAGCAAAGAGCGUUUGAUUGGUCCUUUUGCUUUGUUUUUCCAUCAGGGAGACUACCACACUCGUCUGAGGAAGCUUGUUCAGAGGUCACUUUCCUUUGAAGCACUUCGCAACUUGGUGCCUCAUAUCGAAGCCUUAGUGUUAUCUGGCAUGAACUCUUGGGGUGAUGGUCAAGUCAUCAACAUGUUUAAGGAAAUGAAAAGGAUUUCUUUUGAAGUUGGAAUCCUCACUACUUUUGGCCAUCUUGAGCCACGUUCGAGGGAGGAGCUAAAGAAGAAUUACCGUAUUGUGGAUGCUGGUUACAAUUCCUUCCCAACUUGCAUUCCAGGAACACAGUACCAAAAAGCACUUUUGGCUAGAAAGAGACUCGGGAAGAUUAUAAGUGAGAUUAUCUGUGAGAGGAAGGAGAAGAAGUUGGUCGAAAGGGAUCUUUUGAGUUGUCUGUUGAAUUGGAAAGGUGAAGGAGGAGAAGUGUUAUCUGAUGACCAAAUUGCAGAUAACAUUAUUGGGGUGCUUUUUGCUGCUCAGGACACCACAGCUAGUGCCAUGACAUGGGUUGUAAAGUACCUGCAUGAUGAACCGAAACUUCUGGAGUCAGUAAAGGCAGAGCAGAAGGCUAUUCACAAGUCUAAUGAAGGUAAUAAUCUACCACUGAGUUGGGAUCAGACUAGAAACAUGAGAAUCACUCACAAGGUUGUGUUAGAGAGUUUGAGAAUGGCAAGCAUUAUUUCAUUUCCUUUCAGAGAGGCAAUAGCUGAUGUGGAGUACAAGGGAUUCUUAAUACCAAAAGGGUGGAAAGCCAUGCCUCUAUUCAGAAAUAUUCACCACAAUCCUGAGUUCUUUCCGGAGCCUCAGAAAUUCAACCCUUCAAGGUUUGAGGUUGCACCAAAGCCCAAUACUUUCAUGCCAUUUGGCAGUGGAGUACAUGCCUGCCCUGGCAAUGAGCUUGCUAAGCUGGAGACACUGAUUAUGAUCCAUCAUUUGGUCACCAAAUUUAGGUGGGAAGUGGUAGGAUCCAAGUGUGGAAUUCAGUAUGGUCCAUUUCCUUUGCCACUGAAUGGACUCCCAGCUAGAUGUUGGAGAGAAUCUACCAGCUAGAGAAAAAGUAGCAUGGGAAGAACAAGCAACCCACUUUUCAACCUUUUAUCUUUUUUUUUUUUUUUCUAGUUUGACUCUUUGAUUUUUAUUUUUCCAUGUUGGGGCACUUCAAUUGUUACCCCUCUAUCCUUAAUCAUUUUCCACCCCUCAAACAAAGAACAAAAAGAGGGUGCUGCUGUAUUUCUCGCUUCAAGCAUAUCAGUUUCAAUUA